AUGCCCUCGAUCGCCCCCGCCAAGACUACACGACAAGCGCGGACCACGUCGACUGCUGGGCCCGCCGCUGCUGCCAGGCGGCGCUCCCCCUGGUGGCUUCGAAGGCUGCCGGAUGACACAGUCGAGCAAGGCAACGACGCCGGGAGCUGCCCCGAGGAAGACGACGACACCAACUCGGAUGAGGAGGAAGAGGACGACAAGGACGACCCCACCCCAGCCGCUCCCGAGGACACCGCCGACGACAAUGAAGGCGAUCAGAACCCCUUCGUUGCUCGGUCCGGCGAUGGAUCCUUUGUGUCCCAGGCCUGGCUGUCGGAGGCCGCUGACACUGUCAGCGGUCUCCUGGGUCGUAUCGACGAGCUCGAGACGCUGCUCGACGGCAACAGCCCCCCGGACGGCGACGGCGGUCACGCUGCGCCCCGCAAGUCAACCAAGCGCGUAGCCAGCCGGAAGCACCGCCCCACCCAGGAGAAUUUGCUGCAGGAGUUCUUGAAGGGGACGCGACCACGUACCCGUGAACACUGCAGCUUACAAGUUCUCGCGCAAAAGCUCGAGUCGGACCAGGCGCCGCCUGAGAUCAAGAAGGCCGCCGAAGAUCAGAAGGCUUUUGAGGCGACUCGAUCGGACCGGAAGUCGUUGGGUAGGCGCAAGGGGAGUCGUCCAAGCUCCAGCGAUACGUUCCACAAGCUGGUCGAAGGAAGGAAGCGGGUCCGCGUGCCCCUCGACACAGCCCUCCUGAAGCUUGGAAAGGGUCGCGCAAUUUUUCGAAGCUUGAAGCUUAGGCUUCGGCGCAACGUGAAGAAGCUCGCCCUUCCCUUUCCCCGCGAGCUUCUUCGCCCCCAUUGCGUCGACGGCCAGUUCUCGGGUUCAGUGAAGGUCUGGGACAAGUCUACCCCGCUCUUGCUCCUGUCCGACUUCGACCACCGCUCAAUCGUGGUCAGUGUCUACGACGACGCUGGAGGGUUCCUCUUCAACUUUGACUACGAUCAGCUGUCCCCGGCCGGUCUCGGGCACUGGUUAGUGUUCAUUGAAUGGUUGGCUACCGUUAGCGAGGGCCCGCAAGUGGAAGAAGGAGACCAGCACCGUCAGCCUCCCCUUCCUCGCGAGCUCUUGCGACCGCACUCAAGCAACGGCGUCUUCUCCGGCUACGUCAAGCUUCGAGCAACAGCUCAAGAGCUCGAGACGCUCCUCGAGGGCGAUGGGUCGGCCGCGGCUACGGCGUCGUCGUCCGCAACCACCGCCGGUUUCUCCUCGGCCGCCUCAAGGAGACGCAAGGCUGGCCGCAAGCGUGGCGCUGGCUUCGAGCAGCCGAUCAAGACGUUCAACGCCCUGGCCUCUGGAAGGAAGAAGGUCCGCGUCUCAAUCGACUCUUGCUUGUGCCGUGUCAGCAAGCACGCGGGGGCGCUGCGCCACCUUAAGCUGCUGCAUCAAGACAGGCGACUCCGGGCCGUCCACCUGCCGCUUCCCAGGGCGCUACUCGCACCCCACGCUUGUAACGGGAUCUUUGAUGGAUACGCAACGCAUGGCGUUCUUUGCGGUUUCGCCAAGGUGUCCUGUGAGACAUCUGAGCCAGGCAAACCCAGCUGGCUAGCCGAGAACGUCCACGUUUCGAUCUACAGCGAGGAAGGCGUGCUUCUGUUUGUCUAUUGCUGCGAGGACCUGUCGGAUGCUGGCGUCGAGCUUUUCUACAUCUUUGCAGAGUGGCUGGCCCUCACCAGCGAGGAGUUGGCUGCUAGUCAGAUCAAUCCUCUGAGCGCCCACGAGUCCCGUCGAGGCUCCAGUCGGCCUCUCCAGCUCCAAGCGCCGGCGUUCUCUGAACGACAUCUUCCAGGAGCUGCUUCUUGGUACUUGCAAGAUGGAAUCUUUCGGGGCUUUCUGAGAGUGAGUGACGUGAGUGUUUCCAAUGUGCAGGCUUCCAGCUUCGCGGAGGAACUUCUCAUCAUCACUGUUUACGACAUCGCGGGCGCGCCACUCUUCUCCUAUGGACUGCGAGAGCUCUCCGACGCCGGCGCCGGUCAUUGGGAGGUGCUUUGCGAGUGGCUUGCUUUGGGGAGCCAGGCGAUGAUCCCCAAGGGAACCAACACCACGCCUGCUCGACGACCGCCUGGUCUUGAGCGCUCGAGAAGGACUCUUUGA